UAUUCUUUCUUUGAAUCUUCUAGCGAUCGCCUGUAUUGUAUUUAAAAUAAUUUAAUUUCUAUGCGUUCAAUCUGUGUAUUAUUUAUUUCAUAAGAAUGAAUACGUAAUGGAGAAAAAAAUACAACGUAGAAAUGUUUGUGUCCCGUAAGAUUACAAAUUAAAAGGGAGGAAAGCAGCAGAUCGCUAAAUUAAAUGUGUUUAGCGUAAACUGUGUCAAGAUCUUGCUUUAUUAAUAAUUUAUUAUGUAAAGUUCGUUGUAACGUGUCACUCCUCAUUAUCCACUUUUUAUUGGAGCAUUCGAGUUCGAGAUCUGAUAACUGGUUAUUUUUGUUUACCUUAUAUCGAAUUAUCGAGUUCAUAAUAACACAUCUAUGACGUCUUGUGCAACAUAAAGUUGCGUCGAUGCGAUGUUCGUAAUUCGACAUGCGCAGUGUGUUUAUAGAUAUAUACAUCAUGUGACUAUAAACUUAAAGAGUUGCGAAAACUGUAUUUUUAUUGGUUAAUAUAAUAUCUUGUCAUUUGUUUUUUAACUUUCGUCCCUGGCACGCGUGAACGCGUCGAAGCUAAAGUGAACUGGAUAUUGUAAUUUUGCGUUUCAAUUUAAUCCUGUUGUGACACACAACGAAUAUCCAGAUACGAUCAUCAUCGCAUCAUCAUCAAAAUCAGACUUUCAUGUCAAAUUCACGCGUUAAGCACGCAUUUAUUACGAUAAAUGCGGUGGUUUUAUCACGUUCGAUGUAGAAAUCUACAUAAUUAGAUCUUGAGAAAUCAUUAGCUCAUCAUACAUGUUUCAUAGUUUGAACUUUUAUAUAAAACGCGAACGAAGAAGAUCGCGCAUGAACUUGCGUGAGUCACGCAGUCUUAUCUGCGUGCUAAUCCUCGUAUCAUCGAUUUCUCUCGGCCGGAAAGGCAUCUUCCGAGUCACAUAUAUCGCACAGAUCCCACUUUGUCCGAACUUUUUGACAGAUCCGAGCACUAGAGAGAUGUAAUUAUAAACUGGAACGCGUUCUCGUUUCCAUUAUCGCGGCUCUCGGCGAGGAGGCGCGGUGGCAGAACCGAUCGCCGAAUGUCAAACGACAAGUAUAGUGCGAUACCUCGUGAAAGCUCCGUUAGAUUUCCCGCAGCUGCCUGAGUGACGCGUUUCCAUUGUCUUGCAAGCCGCCGUUAAUCGGGAUGCGCUGAACGAGGACGUGAAGUACGCCACGAAACAUGAGACAGCGCGCUACGACGUGAAGUAUGACGCGAGGCGUUGAAUUAACCUAGUCAGAGGCACGCAUCACUCAUGAUACGUGAUACGGUUGUAUGUGAUACGUUUCGUUGGUCCGCUUGCACAGCUGAUCGCUGACAGGAAGGAGAGGGGGUGAGCGUUACUCUAAAUUGACGCCCAACAACGCGUGAGUGAACGCUUGCGGAGGACGAUCGCUCAGAUGUCAACGCUCGGCAAUGACUUCGACAGACCGUUCGAGGACUUCGAGCCGUUGCAGUGGGGCUCGUUGCGGGAGGUGUGCUGCGCCAGCGUCGAGUACUUUGCGUCCCACCAGGAUGACAACGGUGUCAGGAUCAAGGCCGCGCUCUUGGCGAUCUUGGAUCACCUCGACCAGUUGCAACCGCUCUACCGGGAGAUCGCCAAAUUCGCGCCGGACUUUGAUUUCGACGAGGAUACCCCCGCGAACGGAUACCGAAGCUUCCUGUCGUUGGUCGACAAGUGUAUCCUGCACUCGGGCCAAGUGUGCCGACAGAUGUUCUGUCACAAGAACUCGAUGCUUUUCCGAAAGAGCCAUCACGUGAAGAAAAUAGAGGCGUGUUCCCAGUUACUGGCAUCGUUGUACACAUGUUUGCAACAGUUAAAAACACUGUAUUCGUGGAGUACAGAAGUGAUGGGCGAUGGGAAACUAUCGUUAUUUCCAGUGGAGGGCCACAGUGCUCAAGAGUUUCUCGCGCAGGCAGAAAACAUUAAUCAAUAUUGCUUCUACGGCAGAUGUUUAGGAUUUCAGUUUUGUGACAGCUUAAAAGACGUGUUGAAAGCGCUGUCAUUUUGCAUGGCGUCCUUUAGUGAAAUGUACUAUAACAAUGGCACCCUAUUAGGGCGAUGCGCCAAUUCUGUCAAGUAUCUGUUGGAUCCGGAGGCAAGGGCACGUCGUAUUGUUAAUAUCUCUCAGCACGCCGAUAUCUCAUUUUGCCAAGCAUUCUGGUUCCUGAAUGAAUCUGAUAUACUGUCCAUGAUGAAUCCUUCGUCAGCUAUCAAUCAAAUAAUAUCCAUUCCACCCGAGGAAUUAAUCCUACCCACUCUCGACGGUGGAACCGUAUCAAUUCCGAUACCAAACAGUCACAUUGGGAAGAAACCGAUCCACGUGAGACUGCUCAGUUCCAAACGACGUAUAGGAAUGGUUGGAUCUGGAGGUAUAAGCGGUGAACUGCUCGGUCUGUGCGAUGAACUGAUCAUUCACAGUCACGGCGGCGGAUUUGUGUCGCAGACAUCACGGUCGCACGAAAUGUAUCUCCGAAAGUGGGCCACGACGCUCGGUGUACCAAUUUUGAGCAUAGAUUAUAGUUUAGCGCCCGAGGCUCCCUAUCCUCGCGCGCUCGAGGAAGUAUUGUACGCUUACGCGUGGGCGUUGAAGCACGCGAGCACGUUGCUCGGAAGUACGGCGAAAAAAGUGAUACUUGUCGGCGACUCUGCGGGAGCAAAUUUAAACCUGGGAGCCACUUUAAAGUGUCUGCAGUUAAACAUAAGGAGACCAGAUGGUAUUUUCGUGGCAUACGCACCAAUGCUCAUUGAGUUUAUCGCGUCACCCUCUCGUUUACUCUGCCUCACGGAUCCGCUAUUGCCGUUUGGUUUCAUGCUGCGGUGCCUGAAGGCUUAUGCGGCAUCUGACAGCAAGAAAUCCUCAAGGGAACAUGAAAAUGGAGAAUGCGCCAAAUCGGAUACAGAAUCUUUUGCGGAAGUGAGCGAAAGUGACCUUAUAGCAUUAGCUCUGAGCCCGAAUGGCGACGGCGCGAAUGACGCGGAAAAAUUAGUAUCCCUACCAUCCGAUUCAACGCUAAAUUCCGUCAGUUUAACCGAAGUCGACGGUACCGAAUGUCCAAAAGCGCAGGCCGAAUCUCAAGAAUUUAUGAGCAGAUUUUUAAAUAUGUACAAAAAAUCCGGCCUCGGUUUAUCCUCGCCUCUCGCGAAAAACGGCAGUGUCAGCAGAGAUGGUAAUAUUUCAGGCGAAAGUGAUAAAUCGUGGUCUCUGUUCGGAUGGUCCUUCGGCAGAAGGAGCAGCAAGGAGAUUAGAGAGCUCGAUACAGAGAAUGCCAAAAGUCCUUCCGAGGAAAUUACUUUACUCACAAUACCGCGGGAUCCGUUCUUGAGUCCUUACCUCGCCUCAGAUAACAUGCUAGCUCACAUGCCGCCCAUAAAAUUGCUGACGGUACAACUUGAUCCUUGCCUUGACGACUGCGUAAUGUUUGCGAGGAAGCUUCGCUUGCUUGGCAACAGAGUUACAUUGGAUGUAUUGCCGGGAUUGCCACACGGAUUCCUCAAUCUUUUACGGGUUUCGAAGGAAGCGGCGGAGGGCGCGGACAUUUGCGCCAGGAGAAUAAAAGAGUUACUGGAACUGUAAACUAAUAUGAGAAGCUAUAGCUGUUAUAAAAUAUAAAUGUUGAUCUAGAGUAAAUGGAGACGUACUUCAACAGUGGUCGCAGCAAUACGUAUUUAUACAGCAGAUAUCGAAUGCGGCCGAGCACCGUUAUUAUUUUCAGCGGCUUAACUAUUUGUAACUUGAGCACAUUACGAGAAACAUGCUUCACGCUAUCGAUUUUCUACGGUAUCAACUACGUUGGUUACUGUUGUUAUUGCAUAUUGAUGUGUCGUAUUGAAAAAAGCAACUUUAUCUAAACCGAUUAGAGUAUAGGUCCCGGACCCGUUUUUCUGGUUACGAAUAUUAUCGGAGGGGACAAGAGUCUUCUACACCUAUAAGAUAUAGCAGUCCUAUAUAUAGCAAUUCUCAGUACCGUAUCUUAAUUUCGUAUUUAUACAAUCCUAUAUUUACGAUAUGUAAUAAUAUAUGCGGCGAUUAGAUAGUGUAUAAAAGUUUCGUUUGCACGUUUUUUCCGUGCAUCCUCCUACUUCUGAUACUUUACACAACCAAGUUUUUAAUAUGUAAAGUAAAUCGUAAAAUGCAACGUUUCUCAUUUCAUAUAGAUAUAUAUUUUCCAUAUGUGCAUGCAAUCUUUUUAAUGUCGCGAUUUUUUAAGAAGGAAAAUGGCUUAAAAAAUACUCUGUACAAAUUUUUAAAUACAUCCAGCAGUAGAGAAGAAAAUUGAUGGACAAUAAAAGUGAUACAUA